AUGUCGCAUUUGCGACCUGAGCUUUGCAAUUGGGAAGCUCGCAGAUGCGAAGCACCAUCGCAAAUGCGAAGUUCUCCACACCUCUGCUUCUUUCGCAAUUGCGAACAAGAACCUCCACAUAUGCGUCUAAAUGAUCGCAUUUGCGAUCACUGCCCUACCCAGUGUUACUUCGCAAAUGUGAAGAAGUCUUCGCAAUUGCGAAGACUGCAUGGCCCAGCUUAUGAUCGCAAUUGCGAUGAAAGCCUCGCAAAAGCGGAACCUACAGGGUGGUGGCAUAUGUUAGACCAAAAGGAAAAUGCUUUACAAAUUAGAGCGCCAACUUCAAAACCCCCUUUUACACUUGGUGAUAUAAAAAAAGCCAUUCCUCCUCACUGCUUUCAUCGUUCUCUCAUUCGCUCCCUCUCAUAUCUUAUUCAAGAUUUCAUACUUGUCUCCAUUUUUUACUACAUUUCCACCACUUUUUUCCACUUCAUUCCUUCCCCUUAUAGUUACGUUGCAUGGGUUUCUUACUGGAUCGUCCAAGGUUUAGUUUUUUCUGCAAUAUUUGUCAUUGCCCAUGAAUGUGGACACAAUGCCUUUAGUGAUUACCAAUGGGUAAAUGACACUGUUGGUUUUAUCCUCCAUUCUGCACUUUUAGUCCCAUAUUUCUCAUGGAAAAAUGGUCAUCGCCGUCAUCACUCUAACACUGGUUCCCUUGAACGUGACAAUUUUUUCGUGCCAAGGCUUAAAACCGAACUAAAAUGGUACUAUAAAUACUUGAACAAUCCAUUAGGACAAGUUGUCACACUUGCCUUCACAAUCAUUCUUGGCGAGCCUUUGCACUUGGCAUUCAAUGUCUUCGGCAAACCUAGUGAUCUCUUUGCAUGUGAUCAUUUUGAUCCAUAUGCUCCUAUAUAUAAUGACCGUGAGAGAAAACAAAUUUACAUUUCAAAUGCAGACGUGAUUGCAGCUACUUAUGUGUUGUAUCGUCUUGCUUUGGCACAAGGGCUACCUUGGCUCAUAUGCUUCUAUGGGGUACCCCUCCUAAUCGCGAAAAACCUUUAUAUAUUAGUCACUUUUUUGCACCAUGCUCAUCCUUCAUUGCCACAUUAUGAUUCAUCCGAGUGGGAUUGGUUAAGAGGAGCUCUAGCUACUGUAGACAGAGACAAUGGUGUUCUAGUAAAUAAAGUCUCCCACCACAUUGCAGAUACUCAUGUUGUGCAUCAUCUAUUCCCGGCCAUUCCACACUACCAUGCAGUGGAGGCGACCAGAGCUAUUAAGCCAUUGUUAGGAGAAUAUUACCAGUUUGAUGAUACACCAGUUCAUAAGGCAAUAUGGAGGGAUUUUAAGAAGUGCAUCUAUGUGGAGAAAGAUGAAGGAUCUCCUGAUAAGGGUGUUUUUUGGUAUAAAAACAAGUUCUGA